AUGCGCGGCACCCUGGUUAUAGAGUAGACGUUCAUUGAUUCACGCGCGGUGUAGAUAUCAUACAUAGCAAUCGUUCAGUAUUCUGAAUCUUUUACUUGGUAUACUCUCACCUCGACAUUCCUGCUUUUCCGUAAAAACCCAGUAAGAAAACAACAAACAAACAAUAAUUUAUUGAUAAUAUUGAUAAUGAACUUCAAAGUUCACUGUUCAGUUCAGUAUUUUUCAUGUAACAACGUAACAAGUACUUUUUAAACCAGCAAUUCGAUAAUUAAUGGUGUAGACGUUUGUGAUGAAAACAUUGAAAACCCCUUAAACAAUUUUAUUGACGCAUGUGUCAACAAAAUGGAUUUAUCUGAUAGUUUUUCUGAAGAGAAAUCCGAGCAGGGCGUGCUUGGAACUUCAAGUGAUCAAGUCACCUCAAACCAGUUCAAAAGUAAUAUCUCCUGUAAGAUUAAAAAUUAUGCGUAUCCGUCUGAUCAAGAAAACAACGAACCUAACGAAAUUCAAAGCAAUACUGGAGAGCAAUUUACAAAACAUGAAGACCUAUGCGUCGCAUGUGGACAUGUCUCAGCGUACAAAUUUUUUAGUUUCCCGAUUGAAGUUGAUAUUCGACAGCAGUGGGCGAAGUUUUGUGAUAUAAAUUUAGAUAAAAUAAAACCAUAUUUUCGCCUUUGUGACGGACAUUUUAAACCCGAAGACUACCAAAUCUCGAUGCAACGUGGAGUAUUGAUGCCGACAAGUGUUCCAACGUUACCACCAAAAGUGAAACACAACUUCACGCCUUCGAUUGUGAACAGUUUUUCAACGGCAUUAUCAAAUAAAAACACAUCGCAAAAUACAAUCUGCAGCUCGGACUUUGAAAGAAAUACUACCACCGCCAAUGCUCCUGAUAAACGAUUGCGCAGGAAUUUUAAAGAUAUUACGAAUAAUCAGAAAACCAUCCCUCCUAAGGCAGCGAAAUUCACAUCGAAGAAAAACUUGAAACUUGGAAAGUGUCAACUGUUAACGAAACAUUUUCGAUCCGAAAUUUUCAGAUUGAAAAUACGAUGUUCUAGUCUCGAAGAUGCUUUUGCCAACUUUAAAAAUGAAAUCAAGCUUCAGGUUGAUGAAUGCUUCGUUACCCGAGCAAAUACUACCGGAAAUGUUGUGAAAGGUAAUCAAAACUCGACUUCAUCGAUUAACGCUUCCUCAGAAAAUUCGAGGAACAAUCUUUGUAAUACGGAGGCACGAACUGAUCAGCGUUCUGUAAAAGAUGCGCUCGUAGGAUCUGCCGAACAUGUUACCGAAUAUAGUUACUCUACAGAUACGAAUAUGGCUUCCUUAGCUAUAUGGAUAGACGAUGCUCAGAAUGUAGAAGUAAAAUCAGAACCAUUUACCGAAGAAGUUAAGCUCGAAUUCGAUGAACCUGUCGAAUGGGUUGCCGAAGAUAAUCACUCUGUAAAUUCGACAAUUUCUCCCCCAGAAAUAUCUACCGACGGUCUUCAUAUUGCGGUGGCAAAUCUUGAACAAUUUUCAAACGAACUAGCGAACGCAGAAACUUGGAAUGUAACUGAAAGUAAUCGCUGCCCUUUGACUACGUUUUCUUUAGAAAAUUCGAAUAGCAGACGUUGCAGUACAGAGGAUCCACCUGCGCAACAUUUCGAAGAAGUAACACUUCCGAAACUGGAAUAUUUUGACGAAGAUAGUCAAUCUCCAAAUUCCCCCAUUCCUUCCUCAGAAAAGUCGCAUGAGAGUCGUUAUAACGUAGAGGCACGAGCAGGAUGCUCAAAAAAUCAAGAAAACUCCGGCCAAGGUGGGAUUGCUCGAUCUGCAAAACAGAAAAAACAUCUCCCAAGCGUGAAAAAGCCAACGAAAAACUCCAGCAAUGUUUCAACCAAGGUAGAGGAACAGAUGCAGGAUUCAUUCACUUACUGCUGCUAUAUUUGUGAUACAAAAUUUUCCUGUAAACGUGAUUGGGCAAGACAUCAGCAAGAACAUUUGAUGCCGUUUCACUGCCAAGUCUGUGAUAAACAGUUCGCCUAUAAAAGCGAUUGUAUUAGACAUGGAUUGACACAUAGUGAAAAGAAACGCUACAAAUGCCGCUUUUGUGACGCACGAUUCAAGCACAAUCACCAUAAAUUGAGGCACGAAAGUUCGCAUGUGGGAGCUGGUUUUGAGUGCACUGAAUGCGGGAAAAAGUUAUCACAUAAACACUCGCUCAUUGAACACCUGAGAGUACAUUCCGGUGAGAAACCUUUUUCUUGCCAUUUGUGUAGCAAAAGUUUUGCUCAUGAAAGCGCUCUUACUCGGCAUCAACAGACGCAUAGUAGAGAGAAAUCCUUUAAAUGCCGCAUAUGCAACCAAGAAUUCAAGCAAAAACGAUAUAGGGCAUUGCACGAACGCGUCCAUGUGGAGGGCGCUCGUUUUGAGUGUGCCCAGUGCGGCAAGAAAUACCGCCGGAAGCGCGACCUAGCCAAGCACAUAUCAUCUAAAUGUACUUGAAUUUCAAUAAUUAAAUACCUAUCUAAAUGUGUACAGACUCAAAUUUGUUUUUUCUUUGUUUUGUUUUUUUUUCAACGUGAAAAAAGCUUGACUUGAGUUAUAACUUUACUGAUUUCUUAAAUUCAGUCUUGUACUUAAAUUUAUAUGUGAAAAAAUACAUAAUGGUAUUUUUUAUA